GCUCACCAAUAAACUUUCGAAACUUAGGAAAUUCGACCACCAGUCAAGAUGGGGGACAUCGAGAUGGAGAACGACCCUGAUCCGAUCAAGGCUUCAUAUGAUGUCUACAUAAAACCACGCAUUUCCGCCGACAAACAAAUCUACGUCCUCCAGUUUCCGAAUCGUGACUCAAUGCAACAUUACUCGGCAGCACACCAGUCACAGCCUUUCAAGAUGCGAAUCAAACCCAAUGCUGGUAUGGUCGAGAUGGAUGUUCCUAUGGACGCGUUGCGGAAUUACGAUAGGGAGAAGGGAAUCAAAUGGGGGGAAGCAGUUAAGAAGAGCAAUAUGUCGAAGAAUGGAGGAAGCCAUGGCAUGCCAGGGGGGUUUGGUAUUGGAGGGGCACAACCAAGUGGCCGGGGAAGAGGAAGAGGGCAAAAUGCGGACGAAGAACUCAACCAGCAAAGGAUAUUGGAAGAUUAUGAAAACGCUGUGAAGAGGGAGCAGGUGUUGGUCAAGCAGACUUUGGGAGGACAAUGCAUUUCGAACGAGGAGACUACACCCCAAUACAUGAUUGGGACUUUCCGCAAAAACCAGUUACAUCUUACACCGGUUGACAACAUUGUCCAAAUGAGACCUCAGUUCCACCAUAUUGACGCACACACCGAGCAAGAAAGAUUUGGGCGAGUAAGAGAUCCAGCAAUGGCAGCAAGAGUCCAGGAAGCUCGAGCUAUACACAUGACGGUCAAGACAAAUGUAGACGGGGAAGAGGAAACGACCGAUACUAUGGCCGAGAGGAUUUCAGCUGCACAAGCCGAAGCAUGGAAGACCCAAAGAUAUGUCGAUGAAGACGAUGUGGAGGCCUGGGAAGCAUAUGGGAAGCAUCUCUUUGUUGGUGCAAAUGCUGGGCUGGAAGACAAUGAAGACCUCUUAGCCAGCGUGCCACAAUUGAAGAGCACGUUGGAUGAUGCUGAAUACUUGGAUACGAUCAGUACCCCGAGAGAUGCAGCAAAGCAGUCAAGGAGUAAGAAGGUUAGGAAGAACAGGGAUAAGAAGGGUAAAGGGAAAGAGAAUGCUGCUGAAGGAGCUGAGAGUGAUACCUCAAGCACUCUGUCAGGUCCACCUUCGGACUCGGCAAGUGAGGAAGAGGAUGCAUCAUGAUUGAUUAAUUUGUGGCUGAUUACUUGCAUUUCUGGAGUGGGAGAAAAGAUACCCCGCAUGGUUUGGAGCUUGGAACUUCAUAGAUAAAAAUUAGACCACUGGUUGUAGGAAUAUCAGAACAAAACUUCUCGCCUGA